AAAAAGGUUAAAGAUGGGCUUUUAGCCCGAUAUUGCUAGUUUCACUUCAGUGGUUUAACUUUAAGUAUUCACACAUUGAGGAUGAAAGUAUUUGGUUUGAUCUGCACAAUAUUAGCUUUAGUGCCAGGCUUAAAAGGAAAUGAUUGCAAUCUCAAACCUUUUGUGCAAGGAUCAUGUCUGGAAUUGACAGACCUAUAUUCCUACGUCGAAAAUAGUAACGACUGUGUGUUCUGGCAGGGAUGCCUUAUGAAUGGUAAUCAUUUUAGCGAAAAAGCGGAAUGCGAAGCCAAGUGCAAGCAAUAGUUCAACCGUUUUAAGAUUUGAAAAUGUUUGGAGCCAUAUAUUUUUGAAAAAAAACCUAUUUCUGGCAUGUAAUAUCUGAAACUAAUUUUAUUAGUAUUCGGUGUUACUCAAUGUCAUGCAUGUAAUACCUGAAACUAAUUUUAAGUAUUAGUCGUCGGUGUUACUCAAUGUCUAUAAAAAGCACUCGCACUUGAUCAACAGACCACAUUCAUGAGAUGGUGUCACUUCGUAUUUUUGUGUUAUUAAUAACUCUUUUUGGGUGUGGAAUGGUAUUCCCAUACCCUAAUCAAUCCGUCUGCAAUCGUAGGCCCAAUUUCUGGGGAAACUGUAGAAAGCACGCACGCGGAUUUACCUACGUAGCAUUCAAAAAUGAAUGCGUUCCAAUUUUUGGCACAUGUAUGGGAAGUGGAAAUUUUUUCGAUAGCAAAGCUUCCUGCGAAUCAGUAUGUAAAGGAGGCUUUUACCCGAACUUGUAACGCGAGCAAACUAGCUUUUAAUAGUUGUGUAUUAUAUAAGUUGUGAAUUCGUAGUCACAAAAACUAUAAAAAAAAACCGAAAAAUUUCAA